AUGUCUUCCCGGCCCGAUUUGAAGGUCGACGACGAAGUCGGCUUCAUUGGCUUCUACCGCUCCCUUCCCGCUCCCGACAAUGACGAGACAAUCCGUGUAUUCGACCGUGGUGACUGGUAUUCAUCUCACGGGGCAGAUGCUGAAUUCAUCGCACGCACUGUCUACAAAACCACCUCCGUGCUCCGAAAUCUAGGCCGCAGCGAGACAGGCGGCCUCCCAUCUGUCACAUUGAGCAUAACUGUCUUCCGCAACUUCCUCCGAGAAGCACUUUUCAGACUCAACAAGCGCGUUGAAAUCUGGGCAUCUGCAGGCUCAGGCAAGGGUAAUUGGAAGUUGGCAAAGCAGGCCAGUCCUGGAAAUCUGCAAGAUGUCGAGGAGGAGCUCGGUAGUGUGGGUGCACUGCAGCAGGAUUCCUCGCCUAUAAUCCUAGCAGUGAAGAUAUCUGCUCGGGCAGCCGAGGCACGGAAUGUAGGCGUGUGCUUUGCAGAUGCGAGUGUGCGUGAGCUUGGUGUCAGCGAGUUCCUGGAUAAUGAUAUCUACUCCAAUUUCGAGUCCUUGGUGAUUCAAUUGGGUGUCAAGGAAUGUCUUGUGACUAUGGACUCGUCACGGAAGGAUGUUGAGCUGGCUAAGAUCAGGGCUAUUGCUGAUAGCUGUGGGAUUGCGAUCUCCGAGCGCCCAGCUGCAGACUUUGGUGUCAAGGAUAUCGAGCAGGAUCUUACCCGAUUGCUGAGAGAUGAGCGGUCUGCGGGUACACUCCCUCAGACGGAGUUGAAGUUGGCUAUGGGCUCUGCUUCGGCUCUGAUCAAGUACCUUAACGUCAUGACCGACCCUACGAACUUCGGCCAAUAUCAACUCUAUCAGCAUGAUCUCUCGCAGUACAUGAAGCUGGAUGCUGCUGCACUUCGUGCGCUCAAUCUUAUGCCUGGCCCGCGCGAUGGUGCCAAGUCUAUGAGUUUGUAUGGUCUUCUCAACCACUGCAAAACGCCCGUGGGCAGCCGUUUAUUGGCCCAGUGGCUUAAGCAGCCUCUCAUGGAUCUAGCUGCGAUUGAGCAACGGCAACAGCUGGUUGAGGCGUUUGUGGUCAACACUGAGUUGCGACAGACAAUGCAAGAGGAACACUUGCGUUCCAUCCCUGAUCUUUACCGCUUGGCAAAGCGUUUCCAGCGGAAGCAAGCGAAUCUAGAGGAUGUUGUUCGUGCAUACCAGGUUGCUAUUCGUCUGCCUGGCUUUGUCAGUGCCCUGGGUGAUGUGAUGGAUGAGCAGUACCAAGAGCCUCUCGAGACAGAGUACACUUCCAAACUCCGAGGGUAUUCAGACAGUCUGGCCAUGCUCGAGGAGAUGGUUGAAACAACCGUUGAUCUUGCCGCUUUGGAGAAUCAUGAAUUCAUCAUCAAGCCCGAGUUUGACGAUGGCUUACGCGUUAUCAGAAAGAAGCUGGACAAGCUGCGCCAUGACAUGGAUGCCGAACACCAGCGAGUCUCAAAGGAUCUCAAGCAGGACAUGGAGAAGAAACUCUUCAUGGAAAACCACCGCGUUCACGGCUGGUGCUUCCGUCUCACUCGUAACGAGGCAGGUUGUAUUCGCAACAAGCGAGAAUACCAAGAAUGCUCGACCCAAAAGAACGGAGUCUACUUCACCACCUCCACCAUGCAAAGUCUCCGUCGAGAACACGACCAGCUCUCUUCCAACUACAACCGAACCCAAACAGGUCUCGUCAACGAGGUCGUCAACGUAGCUGCCUCCUACUGUCCAGUCCUGGAACAACUAGCCGGCGUACUCGCCCAUCUCGACGUUAUCGUCAGCUUUGCCCACGCCUCCAUGCACGCACCAUCAAGCUACGUCCGACCAAAGAUGCACCCCCGCGGAACUGGAAACACCGUUCUCAAAGAAGCCAGACACCCAUGCAUGGAAAUGCAAGACGACAUCUCCUUCAUCACAAACGACGUCUCAUUGGUCCGCGACGACUCCUCAUUCCUCAUAAUCACCGGUCCAAACAUGGGCGGAAAAUCAACCUACAUUCGCCAAAUUGGCGUCAUUGCCCUAAUGGCCCAAACAGGCUGCUUCGUCCCCUGCACAGAAGCAGAACUAACAAUCUUCGACUGCAUCCUCGCUCGUGUAGGCGCAAGCGACUCCCAAUUAAAGGGCGUAUCAACAUUCAUGGCCGAAAUGCUCGAGACAUCCAAUAUUCUCAAAUCAGCUACCUCAGAGUCCCUUAUCAUCAUCGACGAAUUGGGUCGUGGAACAAGUACCUAUGAUGGCUUCGGUCUGGCUUGGGCUAUUUCCGAACAUAUCAUUACCGAAAUCAGAUGUUUUGGUCUAUUUGCCACGCAUUUCCACGAGCUCACUGCCCUGGAAGACCGGUACGAGAAGGCUGUGAAGAAUCUCCAUGUUGUGGCAUUUAUUGGGGAUGGCGAAACAGAAGAAGAAGCAGAAAAGAAGAAGAGACAGGUUACUUUGCUCUACCGUGUCGAACCAGGCAUCUGUGACCAGUCUUUUGGAAUCCAUGUUGCGGAGCUUGUUCGGUUCCCCAAUAAGGUUGUCAAUAUGGCCAGACAGAAGGCUGAAGAGUUGGAGGAUUUCACGGAUGGUCAGAAGGCUGCUUCGCUGGAUAAGUAUUCUCCGCAGGAUGUUGAGGAGGGAAGUGUCCUGCUUAAGGGGAUGUUGAUGAAAUGGAAGGCUGCUACUGAAGGCAAGGAAAUGACUACAGAAGAGAAGAGGCAGGUUAUGCGUGAUCUGGCGCAGGGUGAUGAAAAACUUCAAGCCAACAAGGUAUUCCAGGGUAUCAGUGCUUUGUGA